CUAUGACAGCAACACCUUGGAUAUGCCGCGCUUGUAUGUCACGCAUAUCACGUAUAUCACGACCACUCGCCAGCCGCAGUGUUCGGUGGCAGUCGACUGCUUCCAAACUGGAAACCGUUCCUCCUGCACUCCUUGCGCGAGCCCGAACUGUCGCUGCUGAGCACAAGAAAUUGACGGAGAAGCUUGUCGAUGGCUUCGACACCCGCGCCGCAAAGAAAUUGGGCGAGUAUGGCCCUGUCGUGAACGCAUUGCAGGAAUGGGACAAGGCAAACGAGUCCCUUGCAGAGCUCACUACCCUCAUCCAUGACCCUACUUCUGACCCCGAACUUCGAGAGCUAGCCGCAGACGACCUCAGCGCAACUCGGGUCCUGCUCAUCAACGCUUCACAAAGCCUCACAACCUCCCUAGUUCCAGUCCAUCCGUUCGCACAUCUGCCAUGCCUUCUAGAAAUUCGGCCCGGUGCAGGCGGUUCGGAGGCUGCCAUCUUCGCAGGCGAUCUCCUCCGAAUGUACCAAGCGUACUGCAACCGGAACAACUAUCGCUCCACACUCCUGAAGUAUGAGAACGUCAAUGGAACAACAGAAGCUGGCGUACCACUCUCUGAAGCUAUCCUGGAGGUCAGUUCGGAGAAUGCAUACGGCGUGUUCAGAUGCGAGGCAGGAGUGCAUAGGGUUCAGCGUGUGCCAGCUACUGAGACCAAGGGACGAACCCACACCAGUGCGGCAUCUGUGCUGGUACUUCCUAGCUUAGAGGAAAGCUCCCUUGGCGAAGGGGAUUUUGAUGAUCCAGAGAGUGACUACUUCGUCGACCCGAAGGAGGUCAAGAUGGAGAUUAUGAGAGCAAGGGGUGCUGGCGGGCAGCAUGUCAACACAACAGACUCCGCAGUUCGGUUAACUCACAUACCCACAAGCACCACCGUCUCAAUGCAGGACUUCAGAUCCCAGCCUAAAAAUAAAGAGAAAGCGUGGCAGCUGCUUCGUUCACGCUUAGCGCAAGCGAGACGUGAGAAAAGAGAGGAGGAGAUGGUGGCAAUGCGAAGAAGCGUGGUUGGGGUGGCAAAGAUGGGACGUGGGGACAAAAUCAGGACAUACAACUGGAACCAACAGCGAGUCACAGAUCAUAGAAGCGGAACUACAGUCCACGACUUGGAUGAUGUGAUGGGCGGGGGCCAAACCCUUGACAUGGUCAUGGAGAGUGUUCAGGAGUGGCUGAUGGAGAAGGACGUAGAGGCGCUGAUUGCUGAAGAGGCAAGCAGGAAGUGAUCGGUGGGUCCACCUUGGUCGCUUCUGCAUGUCUGUAGGUGCUCCCGCUUCCCUUCCCCUCAUGCUGCGUUUCUCUUUUUCAGCAUCCAAUCACCCCCGACGCAGAAAAUCUCGUUAAGGCGGUUGAGUCUCUUGGCCUUGUGAGAGUUUCUACUACUUUGUUACCUCGUAUGAAACUUGCCAAUGUCCCGAGAAUUGCCACUCAAGCGACUAACGCCUGGUCCUCAAUACUCCCCGCUCCAUCGCUGAGCCCAUAUUGUACUAUAGCAUGGAACCAUGGAAACGUGUUCAUCCGUCUCACUGUAUUACAAGUCCCUGACGCUAGGAACCAUACUGCAUACCAGGCCGACCAUUCUGGAAUGGAAGAUUUUCCCUCUUCGCAAGACCCUUGACUCGCCUUGGUGGAUUCCCAUGAUAGACCGACAGAUCCCGCGACGUGCCUCUAACGCUG